AAAUGACUAAAUCCAUCACAAUGCUGAACACAAAAUACACAAAAAUGAUGAAGUACCAAACCUUCCAAUUUUGACAGUUUUUAUGAACCUGCCUGAUAAACCUAAUAGGAGUACAUGGGUAAAUUUGAGUUUGCAAAAAAAAAAGUAAAUAAAUAUAUUUUAGCAGUUCACUGAGAGGAGUGCCGCUAGAGAGAUGAGAUGAGAAACACUUGGACCUCCUCACACUACAACAGACAUGCUAAUAGCAAUAGCUACAAAAAAUGAGAGGAGUGCAGCUGGAGAGAGAGAUGAGGAGCCACCAGACUGGUGAGAAACACGCUAACGCUAAUUAUAACAACCACACUAACACUCAGUGAAAAACAGCUCCUACAGAAGAGAGGAGGGGUGCAGCUGGAGAGAGUGAGAAACACAAGCUUCUCACACUACAACAGACAUGUUAUUGCUAAUGCUAACAGACAAAGAGUAACAGUUAUUAUAGAAGAAAGGAGUGAAGCUGGAGAGAGAUUAGGAGCUGCCAGACAGAUUUAAAACAUGCUGCUGAUCAAAGUUAGAUAUCAGGACUGCAGGAAAUUUAUCAGACUUCAGGAUGGAUUCACUUUUGCAGAUUUUGUUAAUGAAGUCCACUAUAGGUUUGGCUUACCACCUGAGACAAAUCUACACAUUUAUGACGACACUGAAACUGAGAUAGACGAGGACAUUUUACAAGAUGUGCUCAUUGCGAGACCUGAUACAUCGCUUAUUAUUGUUAGAAGAGAGAAUGAAGAAAUGUUUUCAGAUGCAACAAGCAGCUCUUGGACCGACAUUUUGUCACUUAGUCAUUCAUCAUAUGAACUUGACCAAAUGCCAGAACACCCUUACAAGAAAUCUAAGACAAAUGAUGCAGCAGCUGAGGCAAAAGAGAUGGUUCGUAGUGCCCUAAAGCAGACAAGUGGAGGAGAUGCUGUCCUUGCUGAAUACAGUUCCAAAAAUACACUUUCAAGUGAAAUGAGACGAGUCCUAGUCAACAUUUUGGUUGGACAUAUGGUGGAAAUGCAUGGGAGAAUUCCUACAAGGAACCAGAAGGAGAAGUAUGCUCUAGGUGUUGUGUCUCUUUUCCCAUCACUUAAGGAUCCAUUUUCAAAAAAAGGCCAUGAACAUUUUUAUGAUGCAGACAGUGGGACUGGAUACAUUGCAUGGCGACUUAAGACUGUUCAGAGGAACGCCAAGAAGCGAAAUAAGCCUAGCAUCUCCAAAAGAAGUGAGAUUGGUUUGAGUGGACCCUCUAGGAACAGAUGUUCCAGCUCUGGGCAGCAGGAUGAGGAUACUUUAAGAGAGGCAAUUGCCUUUCUUACUCAUUCCACAAAUGAAUCACAGAUCUUACUCAAAAUGAGGGAGACUUUUCACUAUAGGCAUAGACUUGUUCAUGACCCAAACAAGACGGCAGAUAUUCUGAAGACAUUUCCUACAUUUCUAAACACUAAGGGACUUGUGAAUCAAGACUUCUCACUACUCUUCAGUCCUGAAACAUCGUCCAAGUUGCUUGAAAUGUGGGAUACCACUUUUAAGGCAAGAAUCAUUGAAGAAGCCAUAGGCUUAACUUCAACUGCUGUUGUGCGCUCACUUCUUCUGUCAGCAAAUAACCAGAGAGAUAGUGAACAUUGUUCUGACUGGGACAGUGACAUGGCAACAUUGCUUUUGCUGCUCCAUCUACUUCCACCGUCACCUGGAAAGAAGGUCUCAAAAAUCAGUGCAUCAGAUGCCAUAAACAGACUUGUGGUGCAUCAGAAGUCUCGUACCAGCCUUGAACAACAUCUUCAGCAACGAGAAGGAAGAGAGCCAUACCUCCUUGCUGUUGGCAGGAACCGCAACCAGAUUGAGCACUUCUACAUAGCUCUGGAUAAGAACAUCAUCCCCUGUCAGUCGAAUACUUCCCUCGGUGCAUUUGAUGAGCUAUUUAAAGCACACUUUGUUUUUAAUUUAGCAUAUGAUGAGGCACUCCUUCAUUUUUACACUUUCAUUCAGACAACAAUCUACAUGGUUGAUGUAGGAAAAACCAAGGAGUCACCAAGAGUUAAGGAGCUGAGAGCAAAAUUACUGAAUUAGCCGUAUAUGUUUAAAUGCAAAUCAUCUUUUGUGACUGCAACAGUUUGGGUCUGAAUUAUAUUCAAACUUUGUCUUGUUAAGAAUACCCCAUUAUUUUUUGGUGAUGUGGUGCCACAAGACAAUAGAAACUGGAAUUUGUUGCGAAUAAUCAACGUUGUCUUUUCUCCAGGGGUUUCUGAUGUCAUGACUGUAUCUCUUAGACAACGAAUCAAAGAGCACCACCAGCUUUUUUUAAAUGUUUGUACACCAAUCAACAUGCAAAACCUUAACACCAUUUCAUGGUCCAAAACACAAGCUUUUCAAAAAAUGUUAAUGAGUCAAACUGACAUACAGUGGACAU